AGUUUUACCCUAUUUUUGGGUUUCAGAUCUUCAUUAGUGUUUUGUAACCACAAGUGUGUAUGUUCCUCUAGUCCCAAACCAAACUUAAACUUAUCAGUUCCUUGUUACACGGAAGCUGAUCGUAUAAGCUACAUGAGAAUCAAAACAACUACAUAUAUUUUCUUCCAACCAUUUCUUUUUAUUUUUUAAUUUCUUGUGUUAUUGGAAGAUGGAUUUGCUAAAGAUUCAGCUGACAACGUUAAGAUGGAUCAUAAUGAUGACACUGAUGCUGAGAAUAGGAGAAUCGAUGAGACUGGAUCUGGAAUCAGGCAUCACCAAAUGCAUCUCCGACGACAUCAAAAUAAAUUAUAUGACUGUAGGAAAUUACUCCGUCGUCAAUCCCAACGAAGCUCUGCAUCUUCCUGCUUCCCACAAAAUAUAUGUUACUGUGACGUCGCCUAAAGGGCACAGUCAGCAUCAUGCAGAAAAUGUGGAGUCUGGAAAAUUCGUUUUCACGGCGAUGGAAAGCGGCGAUUACACAACGUGUUUUGUGGCUCUCGGUUUUAGACCUACGGCCAAGUUCGCAGUUGAUUUCGAGUGGAAAAGUGGCGUGGAGGCUAAAGAUUGGGCCACCAUCGCCAAGAGAGGCCAGAUCAACAUGCUGGAGGUGGAGGUGAGGAAACUACUAGACGUGACAGAAUCUAUACACGACGAAAUGUUUGAACUCCGGGAAAGGGAACGGGAAAUGCAGGAGCUAAAUCGAUCGACAAACUCGAGAAUGGCUGCUCUAAGUUUACUGUCAUUCGUGUUUACGUUGUCGGUCGCUUGUCUACAACUAUGGCAUCUCAAGUCAUUCUUGGAAAGGAAGAAGCUUCUCUAAUCAAACAAGUUGUUUCUCUUACUUUUAUCAGAUUUUUGUGUCCUCGGAUUUAGUUUCUUUUUGUACUAAAAGAAUAACUUUCUUUAUCUUGGAUUUUGAGAAUUUAACAUUAUAUAUUCUGGUUAUCCCAAAGUCGUACUAAUUAAUGUCUUGUGUCUCAUCUUUUAUACUUCACUAAUGGUUAACAGUGUUGUAAGAUGCUCUGCCUGCUCGCAUGGGAUAGACAAAUCUCUCGUUCCAAGCCG